AUGAGGGGCUCCGAGUUUUCACACGUGUUUGUUAUUCAUUAUCAUAUAGAAGAUUUCCAACUGGGCACCCAACAGGAUGCCCACGAAUUCUUCACGUUCUUGAUAGAUGCAAUGGAUAACGAAUUGAAAGCUCUAAGUAAGGAGUGGGAGGACCAUGACAGGAUUCUCCAGGAAGAACGGGAAAGAAUAAAGAAGGCAGAUGAGGCCUGGGAAAAAUAUGUUCCCCGAAAAUUAAAGAAACCCGGCCGUACUUGGUUGAGCCGCUUAGUGGAAGGUAGACUCAGCUUUGAAACAACUUGCCACGAGUGUGAUCGCGAAAAUAACGUUGUUGAGCCGUUCCUUACAAUAUCUGUUGAUAUAUUUGACGGAUGUCACGUAGCUGAAUGCUUAGAGCGGUACUGCGAACGGGAAAUUCUUAGUGGAAGCAAUCAGUACUUUUGCGAGAAUUGUGGCCAUCACACUAAUGCUACACGCAGAACAGUGUUUGAUCAGCUUCCUCCAAUCUUCGUCGUGCACCUCAAGCGCUUUACGUAUCUUGAUUCACGGGAGACCUGCGAAAUUAACAAAUACUUCGACAACUUCUGUAGGGUGCAAUACUUAGUGAUAUCCGAUCGAAGCAUAGAGCUGAAGAGCAAGGCACAGGAUUCUGCAGUCGCCUACGACCUCUUUGCUGUAGUGUCACAUGUGGGUACAUCACCAAACUAUGGCCACUAUGUUGCAACAACGGAGGUCGAUGGUCAUUGGUACCGUUGCGACGAUGACACAGCUACGAUGGUUUGUAACGUCAGCGCUGAACUUGGUGACGAAUACACCUACGGAAAUCCCGAUAGCUACAUUCUCUUUUACCGUAUGACGUCAAUUAUGCGUCUCUAA